AUGAAAGAGAAGUCCAAAAAUGCUGCCCGGACUAGGAGGGAGAAGGAAAACAGCGAAUUUUAUGAACUGGCUAAGUUACUGCCUUUGCCCUCGGCUAUCACCUCGCAGCUGGACAAAGCAUCCAUAAUCAGACUCACAACCAGCUAUCUCAAAAUGAGAGUAGUGUUCCCAGAAGGGCUCGGUGAGGCGUGGGGCCACUCCAGUCGGACCAGCCCCCUGGACAACGUUGGCCGUGAACUGGGCUCUCAUCUGCUGCAGACCCUGGAUGGUUUUAUCUUUGUGGUGGCCCCAGAUGGAAAGAUCAUGUACAUCUCAGAGACAGCCUCAGUCCACCUGGGUCUUUCUCAGGUAGAACUGACCGGGAAUAGCAUUUACGAAUACAUCCACCCGGCAGACCACGACGAGAUGACAGCGGUUCUCACGGCCCAUCAGCCCUACCACUCUCACUUUGUCCAGGAGUACGAGAUCGAGCGCUCCUUCUUCCUGAGGAUGAAGUGUGUCUUGGCCAAGAGGAACGCGGGCCUCACCUGCGGUGGCUACAAGGUCAUUCACUGCAGCGGCUACCUGAAGAUCCGCCAGUACAGCCUGGACAUGUCCCCCUUCGACGGCUGCUACCAGAACGUGGGCCUGGUGGCCGUGGGCCACUCGCUGCCGCCCAGCGCCGUCACGGAGAUCAAGCUGCACAGCAACAUGUUCAUGUUCCGCGCCAGCCUGGACAUGAAGCUCAUCUUCCUGGACUCCAGAGUGGCGGAGCUGACGGGGUAUGAGCCCCAGGACCUGAUUGAGAAGACCCUGUACCACCACGUGCACGGCUGCGACACCUUCCACCUGCGCUGCGCCCACCACCUGCUGCUGGUGAAGGGGCAGGUGACCACCAAGUACUACAGGUUCCUGGCGAAGCAGGGCGGCUGGGUCUGGGUGCAGAGCUAUGCGACCAUCGUGCACAACAGCCGUUCGUCCAGGCCACACUGUAUCGUCAGCGUCAACUACGUUCUCACGGACACAGAGUAUAAAGGGCUGCAGCUCUCCCUGGAUCAGAUCUCAGCCUCCAAACCAACCUUCUCCUACGCCAGCAGCUCCACUCCUACCAUCCCUGACAACAGGAAGGGGGCCAAGUCCAGACUCUCCAGUUCAAAGUCAAAGUCCAGGACUUCCCCAUACCCUCAGUAUUCGGGAUUUCACACGGAGAGAUCAGAAUCUGAUCACGACAGCCAGUGGGGAGGAAGUCCCCUGACAGACACGGCCUCCCCGCAGCUCCUGGACCCCACGGACAGACCAGGCUCUCAGCACGACGCGUCCUGCGCCUACCGGCAGUUCUCGGACCGCAGCGCGCUCUGCUACGGCUUCGCGCUGGACCCCUCCAGGAUGGUGGAGGAGAGGCACUUCCACACCCAGGCCUGCGAGGGGGGGCGCUGCGAGGCCGGCAGGUACUUCCUGGGGACGCCGCAGGCCGGGAGGGAGCCCUGGUGGGGCUCCCGCGCAGCCCUGCCCCUGACCAAGGCCUCCCCAGAAAGCAGAGAAGCCUAUGAAAACAGCAUGCCGCACAUCGCUUCGGUCCACAGGAUCCACGGGCGAGGUCAUUGGGAUGAAGACAGUGUGGUCAGUUCUCCAGACCCCGGGUCUGCCAGCGAAUCAGGUGACCGAUAUCGCACCGAGCAAUAUCAAAGUAGCCCACACGAACCGAGCAAAAUUGAAACUCUGAUAAGAGCUACCCAGCAAAUGAUUAAAGAAGAAGAGAACAGAUUGCAGCUAAGGAAAGCCCCCCCAGACCAACUGGCUUCCAUUAAUGGAGCUGGGAAAAAACACUCCCUCUGUUUUGCAAACUACCAACAGCCCCCACCGACAGGCGAAGUCUGCCAUGGCUCCACCCUCGCCAACACUUCGCCCUGUGACCGCAUCCAGCAGAGGGAGGGAAAGAUGCUGAGCCCCCACGAAAACGACUAUGACAACAGCCCCACUGCACUGUCUCGGAUAAGUAGUCCCAAUUCAGAUCGCAUUUCAAAAUCCAGUUUGAUCCUAGCUAAAGACUAUCUCCAUUCGGAUAUGUCUCCUCAUCAGACAGCAGGGGACCACCCUGCCCUCUCUCCAAACUGCUUUGGCUCUCACCGGCAGUAUUUCGAUAAGCAUGCUUACACGUUAACUGGAUAUGCCUUGGAGCACUUAUAUGACAGCGAAACCAUUAGAAACUAUUCCUUGGGCUGUAAUGGCUCACACUUUGAUGUAACUUCCCAUCUAAGGAUGCAGCCAGACCCAGCACAAGGACAUAAGGGAACAUCUGUUAUAAUAACCAAUGGAAGCUGA